AGGAGGGAACCCACCGAGCCAAAGUUCCAAUCCGUUCUUUCCCCCGUCUCUUCUUCCUCGGCCUCUCCUCCCUCCCUCGCUCCCUAUGCUCAUCCAUCCAUGCAGCCACCUCGGAUGUCAACAGGGAUCCAACAGCAACCAGGAACUGAGGGCUGCUGAGGAGCUGAGCUGGAGUUCGGAUCGGAGCGGACUGGACCUCCCCUCUCCGUAGUGGACCAGCUAUAGAACGGUUCUGGAUCUUAUUGUGGUUUUACAACCAUCUCUUUACAAAUGACAACUUGGGGCUUGGAAACCACAUAAAUUAGCCCAUCAUGCUUUUGAAGUCGGGACUAUUCUUCACUUUGUGUGUGUUUACCCUCCACGCAAGUCAAAUCAAAGACCUUCAAGACCCCAGUUUCUCUGGACUGAGGGAUGUGAAGUUCAGACACUUCCUGGAAGCCUCUCGACCAAUCAGAAACUCUGCACAUGUCGGACAUCGGACCAGGAGGUCAACAAUGUUCAACACAGGGGUCAAGGUGUGUCCCCAGGACACAAUGAAAGUGGUCCUGGGCAGCCAUCGAGCCUAUUACAAGCUCAGAGUUUGUCAGGAGGCCAUCUGGGAGGCGUUCCGGAUCUUCUUUGACCGGGUCCCGAACUCGGAGGAGUACAGCGCAUGGGUUUACACCUGCCAGCACCAGAACCUCUGCAUGGACGAGCUGGCCCAGAACUUCAGCAGCACUCAAGAGCACCUGGAGUUGGUGGCCAGAAGAGUGGCAGAGGAGGCUGAACUUGAAGGAGCUGUCACUGCAACCCCAGAUCAUGCAAGGGAAUGUACCUGGACGCCGCCUCUGAUUCUGCUUCCAACAGACGAUGACGUGAAUGCCAACAUGAUAAAGGAGAACAACCAGGAGUACAUCGUGGAGUUCAGCGUCACCAUCGUGGACCCGGCGUACAGCGAGCUCCUAAGCGACCCCACGUCGCCGCAUUACAGCGACAUCACCCGGGAGCUCACAGACAAGAUGCUUCAUGUGUUUAAAAAAGUUCCAGGAUUCAAAGAGAUUCGUGUUCUGGGAUUUCGCACGGAGGAUGUGUCUAUGCGCUACGCUGUGGUCUUCAAUGGAGAGACGGAGCUCAAUGAUGAUCCUGAGGGUCUUGAGGAGCCUCAAACGGACCCGGACGAGGAUGUAAACGCUCCUAAACUGAAGAGCAUCAUUAAGAAGGCCUUGAAACAGGAGCCGUCCCUACCGAUGGACCUACAGUCUCUUAGCUUUGAAGCUGUGACUACAAUUUAUCCAGUCGCUGAGCUCGGCAUCAAGUCGGUUGAGAGUACAGAGGACGACAACCCUGCUUACAAUUUCUUACCCACAGUGGCAGCGAUAGAAAACUCUCUGGAGGCUUCCACGAUCGAACCAGAAAAACACACCAUCGUGCCUUUCCCCCCAAGCGUCCUCAAAGAGGCCAGUCCUACUGUCCCCGACGAGACCCCUCUGAUGGCCGGACCAGAUCCAGCUCAAGAUGCCGGAGAUGUAACAGCUCCAGAAACCACCACAGAGGAGGAGGAUGCAGUGUCAGAGGUGGAGGUGCUGCCACCAACUGAGGAAGACCAGGGAGGUGAGGCCGAACCUGAAGGACAGGUGACGGACGAACCUGAACCAACUGAUGGUUCCAGUGAGGAACAGCCCGAGCUACAGAAUGAAGAUGGUCCCUUGGAGACUCCAGACCCCUACCCUGUGGAAGUGGCGAGUGAUAAUCCUCAUGAGGAUACAGCCCAAGGUAUUGAACCAGGAUCAGCUGUGGAGCCUUUGCCGUCUCCUGAAGAGAGUGGCGAAGCCCCUGAAGACGUAGAUGAGUCACACGGAGGGCACAGUGGGACAACGGACCUCCCUGCCGAGGGCUCAAACGUUCAAGAGGACGUAGGAACGAGUCAGAGCUGGACAGAGCCAGGUGGGACUGAGUCUCUGGGGGAGGAGAGCGGCAGUGGGUACCCCUCAGAGUCGGACGAACGCCCACAUGAAUCCACGGCAGCACCGGCCAUGAGACAAGCCAGCACCCCUCUGAUGACCACAGUGGACAGGAGCAAAGAGUUAGUGGUUUUCUUUAGCUUGAGGGUCACUAACAUGAUGUUUUCUGACGACCUGUUCAACAAGAGCUCCCCGGAAUAUAAAUCUCUGGAGAAUACCUUUCUUGAGCUGACACAGCACUCUGGCUCCAGAGACUCGCCAAACCCUGGAGCUUCCAGUAGAUCUGGGCCUAGGAGACAGACGACUUUAGCCUCCAUACCGCUCCUUCCGUACCUUGAGUCCAAUUUAACCGGAUUCAAGGAGCUGGAAAUCCUCAACUUUAGGAACGGCAGCGUAGUGGUGAACAGCAAGAUGAAACUGGACAAGCCGGUACCUUAUAAUGUCACAGAAGCCGUGCACUGCGUGCUAGAAGACUUCUGCAGCGCUGCAUCGAAGCGGCUUGACAUCAAGAUCGACAGCCGCUCCUUGGAAAUAGAGCCGGCCGACCAAGGAGACCCCUGUAAGUUCCUGGCCUGCAAUGAGUUUUCGCGCUGCGUGGUGAACAGUUGGACUGAUGAGGCUGAGUGUCUGUGCGAUCCGGGCUACCGCACCGAGGAAGGCCUGCCGUGUCAGAGCACCUGCUCUCUGGAGCCGGACUAUUGUCUCAAUGACGGCAUUUGUGAAAUCAUCCCAGGACACGGAGCUACCUGCAGGUGUCCUGUAGGUAAAUACUGGCAUUAUCACGGACACCACUGCGAUGAGCUGGUGUUGGUGCCGUUGGACCCUCCGCUUAUCAUAACCAGCCUCGUGGGAAGUCUCUGCCUAGUUUGUGGCGUCAUUGGCAUUUUGAUAUUCUUUAACAAGAAGUGUAUAAAGCCCAAAAAGGCUGUGACAGUGGUGCACACCCUUGCUCCCUAUGCCUUUGAGAAUACUUUGAGGGUGAACCCCGUGUUUGAGAAUGAUGAUGGCUCCUUAACUCAAGUGUCUACAUUGCCAUGUCCUUCAAGUUCUUCUGCUUCUUCCCAAUCCCAACAGUCUGAGCAUUUUGUCUCUCUUGAGAAUAUACAUCUGAGUAUUGAGAUCCCCAGACAACUCUACACAACCAGAUCAGAAAAGUUAGUCUCCGAGAUUGUGGACUUCCAUCACUGUAUACCACACAAUGAGCUCUAUGAUGCGUGCAAAGACGUGGCUCCUGCCAAAUGAAUACCGAACAUGUCGUCUCUUAAGGCCGUCGGAUAACGCAGGUUUCGAAGAAUCCGUUCUUUGACGACUCGAAACGCGAGAAACAAGAGACUUGCGUUGCUGUUCAACUGUCUAUUGAUGCACUGACGCAGGUACAGUAGAGCAGUGAUUGAGAUUAUUUCUUCAUAGUGAUGAAAGUGUCUUUUUUUUAGACAGAGCUAUGGAUAUUAAGGCGGACUUAGGUUGUCUUCAAGUGGAACCUAAUAUUUAUUUGAUAUAUUGUCUGGUAGGAACAUUUCCUGUAUACCCUUGGCAAAGGUUGUUCUUUCCUCACAAUGAGGUAUUUAUUAUUAUUUACAAACUGAUACACAUGCUGGUAUUUUAACGUUAGACUGUACAAUGUUGUUUAUGUUUAUGCUACUCUCAAACUUUGUUGUGUCCCAAAAAGAGAACGAAUGUAUAAGCUGUUGACUAUGGUCAUGAUGUAUUGUGUAUAGAAACACUGGCUGCUGUGCUGUAUCUCAGUUUGUCCUGUUCAAAACAACUUCUCCCACUAAUCAUGUCUUUUGAGUCUUUUUUUUUACACAUUUUACAUUUAAUAACAAAGAAUAAAAUGUUA